GUGUGCCGCCUAGGCAACAUGGCCGCCGUCAACCGUACAGAGCAGCAGUUCUUCCCAGCUAUGUGACUGCUGGCGCCCGCUGAGCAACACUUGUGUUGGAUCUGUUUGGUGUGUUGGCUGUCCUGACGCGGGACCGACAUGGCUCAGUGUGUCCAGUCGGUACAGGAGUUCGUCCAGGACUCGUUCGUGCCCAUGGUGGCGGUCCUGUGCAGCGACGAGGCGGAGAGAAUGACUCGCAAGAACAACCUGAAUUUUGCCGAACUGCUGCGGCCUUUCUGCCGGCUGACUUCCGAAGGUCACAUCCGGGACCCCAACAACCAGCUGCAGGUGGUCAAAAACCUGCGCAUCUGUGUCAACAACGUGGUGACGAGCACCAGCACGGCGUCCACCACCCUCAGCCCCGCCCAGCGUCACCGGCUCAAUGAAGUAGUAUUAUCCUGCCAUCCACAGGAGGGCGCUGUGUCCGCCACCAUCACAUCGAGGGACUAUGACCUCAGCUUCAACGAUCAUUCUCUUAAAGCUAGCGCCCCCUGGUACAGUGCCUGGAGAGACACUCUAGAAGAGGUCUGCACCUCCAAGCACUUCACAGCGACCACGCCCUGGUUCGAGGCCUACAGGGAGAACUUCCUACAGUCGAUGCCUGCCUCUGAUCACGAGUUCCUCAAUCACUACCUUGCCUGCCUGCUGGUUGUGUCAUCAAAUGAGGCCGUCCCCGUUGAGCAGUUCCUCAAACUGUCCCAAGAGCAGCACCGCAUCCAGCACAGUGGGGAGUACACCAAGCCCAAGUGGUUCAUUCCCAACACGCUCAAGUACUACGUGCUCCUGCACGAUGUCAGCGAGGGCGACGGACAAAGGGCAGACUCUGUGUAUGAGGAUAUGAAGCAAAGGUAUGGACCUCAGGGCUGCUACCUGCUGAAAAUUAACUCUCGUACACUCCCCGCUGAACAGAACGAACAGAUUCCAGACCCAUGGAGUCAGUAUCUGCACAAGAAUGACCUGCAGAGCCAGGAUCAGCUUGAUGAUGAUCUUCCAGCUGCAAGUGCUUCCACCGAUGAAAAUGACGUCAGUGGAACAGAGGAUCAUAAUUCAUCAGAGACAGGUGGAGAAGCUAAUCGGCUGGAAGACCACCCUCUACAAUUGGACUCUGUGAGCAGCUCAGGCAGCCUCCAGGCCCUUGGCACCACCCACGCUGAAGCCAAAAAACCUGUGAGGGAGACCGAGAGUGCGUCAGUGGGACACGGGGCUUGUCUGACCUUGAACGACCACGACCACAUUCGCCAGUUUAUCCAGGAGUUCACCUCCAGGGGCCUGCUGCCUCACAUAGAGAAGAACAUCAGGCAGCUCAAUGAUCAGCUCGUAUCCAGAAAAGGUUUGAGCCGUUCUCUGUUCACGGCCACCAAGAAGUGGUUUGGAGGUGGGAAAGCUCCGGAGAAGAGCAUCAGUGAGCCCAAGAGCACUUCUGGCCUUCUCUAUCCUCCAGAGGCCCCCGAACUGCAGAUCAGGAAGAUGGCUGACUUGUGCUUACUGGUUCAGCACUAUGAACUGGCUUACAGCUGUUACCACACAGCCAAGAAAGACUUCCUGUCUGACCAGGCCAUGCUUUACGCCGCGGGGGCAUUGGAAAUGGCUGCAGUCUCUGCAUUUCUUCAGGCUGGAGCCCCCCGACCGUAUCCUGCACAUUACAUGGACACGGCCAUCCAGACGUACAGAGACGUCUGCAGAAACAUGGUGCUAGCAGAGCGCUGUGCUCUCCUCAGUGCAGAGAUACUCAAGAGUCAAGGCAAAUAUUCGGAAGCUGCGACGCUCCUAAUCAAAAUGACAAGUGAGGACUCAGACCUGCGCAGUGCUCUGCUGUUGGAGCAGGCGGCCCACUGCUUUGUUAACAUGCGGACUCGCAUGCUGCGCAAAUUUGCCUUCCACAUGAUCCUAGCGGGUCACCGCUUCAGCAAAGCAGGCCAGAAGAGGCACGCACUACGCUGCUACUGUCAGGCCAUGCAGGUCUACAAGGGCAGGUCCUGGUCUCUGGCAGAGGACCAUAUCAACUUCACCAUCGGCCGGCAGUCCUUCACUCUCGGCCAACCGGAAAAGGCUGUGGCUGCCUUCAAGCAGAUCCUGACUAAUGACAGCAGGCAGACGGCCACGCAGCAGGGCGCCUUCUUUAGAGAGUACCUCUACGUUUACAAGAGUGUGAUCAGCAGAAGUGAAGUCAUUCUGCCCCAGCUGCCGCUGCCCUGCAUCCAGAGCUCCGCCACCAGGGUCUACUUCGGCCAUGAGCGCCGCCUCGCUGAGGGUGAAAAGCAGGCCGCUACUCACGUGUCGCUGGACCAGGAGUACGACCCGGACUUGGCGGCCAUGUGGUACAAGCUGGAGGAGCAGCUGGCGGCGGCUGCCAACCGAGGGGUGGUUCCCGUGAACUUCCAGCCCAGCCAGUGCUACCUGAACAGCCAGACGGAUAACCUGCACAACCCGCUGGCUGUGGUGGAAGAGCCAAUCAUCGUGGAGGUGAUGUUCAGAAACCCUCUUAAGGUUCCUCUGUCGCUGUCUUGCCUCUCGCUACUCUGGAGGUUCGCCUGUGAUGGCAAGAAAACAACUCAAGAGUCUUCAGGAGAGUUCAUCACAAAUGAGGACACGUCGGCUCAGGAGACGUCACACAGAGAUGACCUUGUCACCACUGAGACAAUACCAGACUUUAAUUUAGGUCCAGAGGAAACCAAAAUGGCUCGGCUGAGGCUGCUGCCGCACAGAACGGGCCAGCUGAACAUUGUGGGCGUGGUGUACGACCUGGCUGCUGCGUCCUCUGGAGACAUGGUUGCCGACGGGCAGCAAAAGUCUGAUAUCAUGGUUGUUCGAGGAAAGCAGGAUCUGAAGAUUCGAGGCCCGCGACUAAAUCAGACCAAAGAGGACAAGAUGUUUGUACGAUAUGGACCCGAUCGACGCCUGGAUCCAAUCAUCACUCCGCCCAUGGCCCUGAUGGAGGUCUUCUUCCUGCAGUUUCCCACCGCACUGCUGUGCGGCGAGAUCAGAAAGGCGUAUGUUGAGUUUUGCAACGUCAGUGGCGUGUCACUCAGCAGCUUGCGCGUAGCAUCCACACAUCCCGAUUUCUUCACCUUCGGCAGUCAGGCCACGACGCCCCUCACACCCCUCAGUCCAACCUCAGCUGAAAACUGCUCAGCCUACAAAACCUUAGCCACACCCCCUGGAUCCACGCCGGGCUCUGUGGCGUCUGAGACGCUGGUCUCAGCGGAAGAUUUCAGUCUGCUAUCUAACGUGGUGGACAUCCCCAUAAAUGGUGGCAUGCUGCACCCGGGCGAGUCCAUGCAGCUUCCUCUCUGGCUUCGAGGCCCAGACCAGGAAGGCGUUCAUGAGAUCAACUUCCUGUUCUACUACGAGAGCCCAGAGAAAGGGACCAAGAUCAGUCACCGCGUGCUGCGGCACACGGUGUUCAUCUGUGCAAGUCGCUCUCUGAGCGUGCAAGCGUCGGCCUGCUGCAGCAGUGUACCGCCGCAGCGCGGCCCGGGCGAGGACAGUGGGACGCUAGUGUUCAUUGACGUGGAGAACAUUAACACGAGUGAAGCUGGCGUCCGCGAGUUCCACAUAGUUCAGGUGUCAAGUAGCAGUCAGCGCUGGCGCCUGCACAAGUGCAUCAACCCAGCCAAGGAGAACGACUGCAAACUCAGCAGCAGAGAACGAGCCAAGCUGUGUUUCAGGGCCACACCAUGCAAUGCUCCACAAGCUACCUCAGACGCCGUCAAACUCUUCACCUUUGCAGACCUAAACCUGGGCAACGAGCGGAUCGUCAGUUCGGCCACGCCCUGCGGUGACUUCUUCUUUCGAUGCCGCUGGACGUCUGAGUCUCGGCAAGCUGAUGCGUCGUCAACCAGGAUGUCAUCCGAGGCGAGGAACUCCAGUCUGGUCACCGCUGAGGACAAAAGGUGUGAUGUGGCCCACAUGGUGAAGAAAUGCAACGAACUGGACCUCAGCAUCAUCGUAAUCUGGAAGGCAUAUGUGGUGGAGGACAACAAGCAGCUGAUUCUGGAGGGUCAGCUCCAUGUGGCGUUGCAGGCUGUCGGCAAGGAGGCCACUUCUUUGACACCCAAAGAGGAAGCUCAGGAGAUGGUUCUGUUCAAGUUCAAGUCGGAUCUACCGCCUCCAGCCGUGCUGCCGUCUGCAGAACUGUCCCGACUGGUGAAGACCAACAUGCACUACCCUGAGACGUACACACACGCAUUCACACACAACAGUAUUUGUGUUGUUCCAGUUUCUUUGGUUCUGUCCAACUGCUGCUGGACUCAGGUGGACGUGGUUGUUGACUUGAGGCAUAAAACCAUCAGUUCUGAGGCAUUGGAAGUGCACAGCACAUUCACGUGGGUGGGUCAGAGCCGCUACAAGGUGCAGCUGAAGCCUCGCCAGGUGAUGUGCCUCACGCUGCGAGCGUGCUUUGUCCAGCCUGGCGUCUACAACAUCAACACGCCACGCGUCUUUGCCAAGCCCGCCGAGCAGGACACCGCGUCCGAGACGGGUCAGCAGAACGCAGGCCCCGCCCUCAUCAUCAUCAACAACGUCUGAGCGUACGGGACGAUGGCUACAGAAGAUGUCGUCACAGCUGUGACUUUGAGCAUACGCGUCAGGGAUUUCAACUUGCAAUGGGCUGCAGUGAUCAGGAGGUCAGCAUACUUGUGGAUCAGGACGCUGACUGUGUGUGCGCGCGUGUGUGUGUGGGGCGCUACAAGUUUGGGGGCGGAACCAUUCAGAAUAAGGACCUCCUACUGAGGAAUAAUUUCCUGUAUGGCACAGGGUUUUGCCCCACCCCUUUUUAGGAGGCUAGUAGCAGGUUGUGCUCCUGGCUUCCAUCAUAGAUGAAGUGAUCAUGACCACUAAAUCAUUCUGAAGCUACUAGCAUGUCUGGUCUCUCCCAACCAAAAGACUACCACACAGCACUCCUAAACGAACUGCCCUCCCCCACCAAGCCCUGGACUGUCCUGUGGGAAUGCGUGCUUGUAUUAGCAAGAUGUUGACUCCAAUUUUAAAACUAACUUGCGUGACUGUCACCUCCUGUUAAAGGUGUACUAUAUUUAUAACAAAUAUCAUGUAAAUAGUAAAUAAACAUGUUACUAAUUCUUCACGCUGUAAAGUGACAGAGAUGAUUGUUUUCAACAACAUUCACCAGCACACCGUCCUUGCAUUUUGUUUGCAAACUUUUUAGGCAAGUUAGAAAUUUAGUAUGUGAAAAAUCACAAUGAAAAUGUGAGUUAUAAUUUGUGAACGUGUCAAAUAUUGCGGGCCGGCACGGUGGUCUAGUGGUUAGCAUUUUGGCCACACAGGCACAGUCAGGAGAUUGGGAAGACCUGGGUUCGAAUCUCCGUUGGGCAUUUCUGUGUGGAGUUUCCAUGUUCUCCCCCGUGCGUGGGUUUUCUCCUGGUACUCCGGUUUCCUCCCACAUUCCAAAAACAUGCAUGUUAGGUUAAUUGCCGACUCUAAAUUGUCCAUAGGUAUGAAUGUGAGUGAAUGGUUGUUUGUCUAUAUGUGCCCUGCGAUUGACUGGCGACCAGUCCAGGGUGUACCCCGCCCGUCGCCAGCUGGGAUAGGCUCCAGGAUACCCCCGUGACCCUAAUGAGGAGAAGCGGUAUAGAAAAUGGAUGGACAAACAUUGCAGCAAUCAAUUCAGGCUGUGUUUGAUACUUUUAUUUUGAAAAUUAUUAGGAUGGACAACCAAAUUCCAGGUAUGUUGUCAACAUUUAAGUAUGUGUGUUGCUUUGUUUUACACACACUGACAUGAGUCCAGCGUCAAUGUGGUCAGUGAGGUUGUGCCGACUGGAUCUCCUGGUACUGCGGCUCUGUUCGGUACAGGCAGUAGUGCUGAGCCAUGAAGAUGAUGUCAAAGGCCACCGAAAAGAGGCCAAGGCCGAACUUGGUGGGGUCGCCGAAUAUAAGCCCCCACUCGUCUGAAAACAGAAAGAUGUCACAGACAAGUAGCGUGAGCUUGCGAAGAUUGCUGUAAAACAUUACCAUUGUUGUACGAGUCUAUAAUCAUCUGCAAGAUGCUCAGCAUGCCGCCACUGAAGUCCAGCAGCACGUUGCCGAUGCUCCAGCCCACUGUGCUCUUCCUGCGGUAGUUCAUGAGGGCCUGAGGGGGAAACAUGACAAUGUCAUGUGACCAGAGCACAACAAUGACACGCAACGGCAGUGGAAGCUCACCUGUGGCACAUAUUUGACCAGUGUGAUGGCCAGCUUGAUGUAGGAGACGAAGUAGAGGUAGUCCAGCCAGCUGAUGCGUCUGGCCACAGCCAAAAACAAGCUGAUGCCUGCAAAUGACCAGCCAAUCAGCAGCAGGAGGCGUGCCGUCCACGACACCCGCUGACCUCCUGUCUGGAAGAAAAUUUCUUAUUCUAUCAGCAAUCAAAAUCCAGUUCAACUUAAUGUUUCUUGUGGUUCUAGAAUAAUAAGGCAACAGGAGCAACCUCAUAGAUGGCGGCCUGGGUGACGUACACCAAACACAGAAGGAAGGCAUGCAGGCUGAAGAAGACGUCAUUGGCUUUCACUGGGUUAAUUCCAUUGGGAUUCUUCUGGAGAAACUCCUCCUGUGAAGCCAGAAGUCAAACUGUUACACCAUACGUCACAUAAACAUCGACGUUGGUUGGUGUCACCUUGAUGGGAACUACCCAGAAAAGACAGACGUUGAAGACGCUGUAAGCAAAGAAGCCGGUCAUGUUGAGUGCCAGGAAGUCAAAGUUGAGGCCCACCACACUGAAAACAAAAAAAAAAAAAACUUCCAAAGGUCACACUGUGGACACGUGACCUCAAAGAAACAAAAGCGCACCUUUUCCGUCUCCAGUUAACCCAUGCUUGUGGGUAGAAGGACACGGACCAGGACAAGAAGUAAAUCCAGCCAAUCACCUCGCUGAUGACAGCCAACACAUUGCUAUGGACCACCAAGAAGCGCAGCCUAGACGACCAGCUGCAGUGCCACCACAUGAGGCGUCAGGAAGCAGGAUUUCUCAUGGUGACGCGGGACUUCUGAUGGUGUCGCUUCUGGACCGCCACUCACCUGUGGAUCUCUGUGUUGUUGCUCAGCAGGUACGUGGUCACCUGACCCGCACUGUGGGCCGUCGCUGUGAACACGACCGACGUCGUCUCAGCUGGCAGCAACACCUAAAUGACACUCAUCAUGGAAACUUUGCAUACACUGCAGUACAAAUUUUUACGUUCAGGUCUUACCUGCUCUGGCACACUGAUGAUCAAUGAGGAGCUGCUCUUAGAGCUGUAGGUCACAUUGAACCGGAUCGCCACCGGCUGUUGGAGCGGCACACUGGAAUAAAAAACAAGCAGUUGUGACAUCAUCAAGUGGCAUGGUGGCAUAUUUUAUCUUCGAAUAUCUCCUGAGCUGAGCAAGCCUGAGACAACGUUCCCCAAAGUCUUCAAAGUGGAUCAAAGAAGGAGAACAAGAUGUCACGUUCCUUGUUUAUGUUUCAUCAUGCUACACACAAGCACUAAUGGUGGCACCAAGCCGUUUGGUGCCUUGACCAAGGGCAUCUUAUAAUUUCCAUGUGUUUGUGCACCAUCUGGAUGUGUUUACCUGGUAGUGAUGGUGACAUUGGCACUAGAAUGUUCUUCCAGCAUUACCGCCGCAGGGGCAUUCAAGAAGACUUGUGCCUCUGCGCAAGGGAGAGAUGAUGUCACAGCUUCACAAGCGUGUACUGUGGAAUAGUGUGGAAUGUGAGGUGGUCACCUGAGAGGUUGCUUAGUAUCCAUAGCAGUAGCACCUGAGCCAGCAGAUGACCCCUCAGGGUCAACAUCGCUGCAAGAAACCUGAACGAGACCAUGAAAAACAUGAACUUGGUUGCCGGUCAAUCUGCUAACGCUCAUUUUAUAGUAAAGCUAUCAUACGUAUAGGAAUGUUACAAAACCCAUAUUUUAGCGAUUCAAAAAUCUAAGGCACUGUGCAUGCGCGCUCCAUUAGGAGUGUCCAUGGGGACAUCCUUGAAAGUGCAUUUUUCCAUAGGAUAUCGAGUGUAUUUCCAUUCGUAUAAGUGUUUGUUAGGUAGAUUACGUCUUCCUCUUUAAUUUCGUAGCGGAUUUAGAGUGUUGGACCACAUCGACUCAUAUGAAGGAUACACAGCUUGCUGCUGCUGCUGCACAUUAAAAAUAUGACACUUGACUUAAUUUCUUCCCUGGACUUUUUGAUUAAAAAAAUGUACAGGAUACUCUGGUGACUUUUAAAACAGACUUUCACAGCCUAAGUUAUUAUAUAUUUUGUAGUACGGUUGUAUUUGCCAAGGUCCGUGGGUCGAUCACAGCUGUUAAAGAUAUGAUGUUAAAGCUAUUUGUUAAACGUGGACCAAAGGCACUAUUUUCCGGUUUGAAAUUGCCUCUAACGUCAUUCAUAUUUGGGGUAGUGAAGUGAAUGAGGUCUCAAAUUAAAGUUCAAGUCAUGCUUUAUCAGAUAGAAUUAUUUUGCAUUAUUAAAAUUUUGUAACAUUCCCACGUAGUGUACUAUGACGCUGAGAAAUGAACAAUAAAUCAAUAGCGGACUCAUCUUCGGUCCGUAAACACA